GCAGCGACGCGGGGCUGGCGGCCGCGGAUGGCCUCGGCGCUGGGCGCCUGAGCCGGCGGGGGCCAUGAGCACUGCCCGGCCCCAGUUCAGUAUCGAUGACGCCUUCGAGCUGUCCUUGGAGGACGCAGGCCCUGGGCCCGAGUCCAGUGGGAUCGCCCGCUUCGGGCCGCUGCACUUCGAGCGCCGGGCCCGAUUCGAGGUGGCCGACGAGGACAAGCAGUCCCGGCUGCGCUACCAGAACCUGGAGAAUGAUGAGGAUGGAGCCCAGGCCUCUCCAGAGCCGGACGGGGGAGUCAGCACCAGGGAUUCUGGCCGAACAUCCAUCCGCAGCUCCCAGUGGUCCUUUAGUACCAUCAGCAACAGCACCCAGCGCUCCUACAAUGCCUGCUGCAGCUGGACUCAACACCCUUUGAUCCAGAAGAACUGCCGGGUAGUGCUGGCCUCCUUCCUGCUCCUGCUGCUGGGGCUGGGUGAGUGUUCCCUAGGGCCCCUGCUGACCCCCGAGAGGGCUCUGCAGCUCCCCUUGGCACACUGGGCCUUCCGGCACCCUGAGGAGGCAGCUGGCUGCCAUCACCCACCCCCACCUCACAGACAUAUCUCAGCCCGGCAGGUGCCGUGCUCUGAAAACACAGAGCUUGUGCUGAUCCUGACCGGCGUGGGACUGGAGGUGGCGCCCUCACCAGGUGAGCGCCCCGCCUCCGCAGGCCACAGGCGUCCUUGGCAAGCCCGCCCACCUCCCAGCAGGAAAGGGACCCCGCAGUCCCGCAGUCUACCACGUGAUCUUCAUCUACUGCGCGGUCAAGGGCCACCGAGGCUUCCAGUUCUUCUACCUGCCCUACUUCGAGAAGUGAGCCGCGCCCAGCACCCUGGCCACAGCACCUUCGCGCAAAGGCUGAGGAAAGGAUUGACCCUGAAAGAGAAGGGCUCCAAACCAGCCGUGUCCCCAUUAUACACAUAUCGGGCCUGCUGCUGAAAGACUUGCCUGAUGUCACCCAGUGUGUCAGGAGCAGAGCUGGGCCUGGAACUCUUCUGCCCUGCAAGACUGAAGAAGGCUUAUCUAGCCCCCCUGGUCCCCCAGCCAUUAGCAGAGUGGGCCCUGCCCAUACCUUUACCUGGAGGGCCAGUGUGGGUGCCUGCCCUGGUGGCCCUGGCCGAGGGCACGCAGAUGACGCAGGCCUGGGGCCUAGAGACUGGUAUCCUGAUUCCAGCCUGGCUCUGGGGCCCUGGGCUGCUGCAACCAGCUCCUAAUGUGGGCUGUUACAAGGCAGCAGCCCAGCCCCCUCCCCGUGCUGCCCUACUUCGCAGCCCAGGGGUUGGGAGAAAUAGAAGGCAGAGGAUAUGGCAAACAGGACCCAAUGGCAGAGAACCUCAGUGUCCGAGAUUCUUAGAACCGCAGAAUAUUGGAAACAGAACAUCUCAGAAUUUCAAAAAAAUCAGCAUCUCAGAAUCCUAAGAACCAAGAAAAUAAUCUUCUAGAACCUUGAAGCUAUCAUGUAUCAAACACCAAGAAGUUACCAAGUCCUAUGCUAAGCACUUCAACACAGGUUAUUUCUGGUAAUCUUAACCACCUUACCGAUGAGGAAACAGAGGCCUAGAGAGAGGCAGAGUUGGGACCAUAACCCAGGGCUUCCAUGGGAGAGGUCGGGAGGCACUGAGCUGGCGUGGUCCCCAGCCCACCGACAGCUGAACAAGUGUGGGCUGAGGAGACCCAGACACUUACAUAUCUACAGUGUCUCCCCCAGUAAAACGUGAGGGCCGUUAAGAAGGAGCAUUGCCAGGCCUGGCCUCUACUGUGUCUGCAGCAGCCAAGGCAGCGCCUCCAGAUUCUUUAACUUUGUUGAAAGAAUGAACCCCCAGAUCUACACAGACUUCCCACCAUCGGCCCCCAGGCAAGGCACUUUUGGGGGGGCACCAGCAGGAUGCAGGUAUGCCUAAACUAGUGGCUCUCCAACUAGUUGUGGUAAAGGAUCAUUUCUCAUUUCUAAUCCAUCAUGGACCAAUACUUCUGUUAGAUAAAAUAAAAAUUAGAAAAGUGAACUAUAAAAGCCCACAGUUUGUAUUACCAUAUUAUUCAGACAUAAAAUUAAAUUUCAAUAAAUAUAAUCAGAAUGAACAUAGGAAAACAGGUUAUGAAAGCCAUUCAUUGAAAGUGAGCAAAUAGGCAAUGAACAGAGAGUUGCUACCGCCCUCAUAACUUCUUGCCAUUCCACAAUCUUAAUACCGAAAGUUAUCCUGGCAGUGAUGAGUCUUGAUGUUGUAAGACUGUCUCAGGAGUCAGCAGGCUAUAGCCCAUGGGCCUGCUAGGACCCCCAAGCUAAGAAGGGUUUUACAUUUUAGUAAUGCUUCAGAAAAAGUCAAGAAUAAUAAGAUUUGGUGACACAUAAAACUGUGAAAUUCAAAUGUCAAUGUCAA